UCUUCCUUCAGUCUCAGCUAUUUAAUUUUCUCACUCGAAUCAGAUCUCUCAUUUACUUUUCUCUUUUCUCCGGAGCAAUGGAUGAAGAAUACGACGUGAUCGUACUUGGCACCGGCCUCAAGGAAUGCAUUCUAAGUGGUCUCCUCUCCGUCGAGGGCCUCAAGGUCCUUCACAUGGAUAGAAAUGACUAUUACGGUGGAGAAUCAACAUCACUUAGUCUCAAUCAGAUUUGGAAGAGAUUCAGAGGUGAUGGUAGCCCUCCAGAGGCCUUGGGUUCGAGCAAGGAGUACAAUGUGGACAUGAUACCCAAGUUCAUGAUGGCAAACGGUGGCCUUGUCCGGGUCCUCAUCCGCACUGGUGUUACCAAAUACUUGAAUUUCAAAGCAGUGGAUGGAAGCUUUGUUUACAACAACCGAAAGAUAUAUAAAGUGCCAGCCACUGAUGUUGAAGCUCUGAAAUCAACUCUGAUGGGGCUCUUCGAGAAGCGCCGCGCACGCAAGUUGUUCAUCUACGUGCAAGAUUACGAGGAGGACGAUCCCAAGUCCCACGAAGGGCUUGACCUGACGACAGUCACCACUAGAGAAGUCAUUUCCAAAUAUGGUUUGGACGAUAACACAGUCGAUUUCAUUGGGCAUGCAUUGGCACUUCACUCAGAUGAUAGCUACUUGGAUGAGCCUGCAAUUCACACCGUAAAGAGAAUGAAGCUAUAUGCUGAAUCACUGGCCCGGUUUCAAGGAGGAUCUCCUUAUAUUUAUCCUCUCUACGGGCUUGGAGAGCUUCCUCAGGGUUUUGCUCGACUAAGUGCUGUUUAUGGUGGCACGUACAUGCUCAACAAGCCUCAAUGCAAGGUAGAGUUUGAUGAAGAUGGAAAAGCCAUUGGUGUGACAUCUGAAGGUGAAACUGCUAAAUGUAAAAAAAUAGUCUGUGAUCCUUCUUACUUGCCUGAUAAGGUGAAGAAGGUUGGAAGAGUGGCCAGAGCAAUCUGCAUAAUGAGCCAUCCAAUUCCAGACACCAACAACUCACACUCAGUGCAGCUUAUUCUACCUCAAAAACAAUUAGGCAAGAAAUCUGACAUGUAUUUGUUUUGCUGUUCUUAUGCUCACAAUGUUGCUCCAAAAGGGAAGUACAUAGCCUUUGUCUCCACUGAAGCUGAGACGGAUGAGCCUGAGACAGAGCUCAAGCCUGGCAUUGAUCUCCUUGGGCCAGUAGAUGAAACCUUCUUUGAUAUCUAUGACAGAUAUGAACCUAUCAACAACCAUGAAGAGGACAAUUGCUUCGUCUCCACUAGUUAUGAUGCAACAACACACUUCGAGUCCACAGUCCAAAACGUGAUCUCCAUGUACAAGAAGAUCACUGGAAAGGAUCUUGAUCUGUCAGUUGAUCUCAGUGCUGCCAGUGCUACAGCCAGUGAGGAUGCUUAGUUGUCUUAAGUUUGUUUACCGAAUAAGAAAUUUUGUAGACUGAUGAAGUUUCUUUCAGGUUGUGAUGAUUAAUUCUCAGCCUAUAUGUCAGUCUUUUUCUAUUGUGCAUUUGGAAUAUU